UUUGUUGAUUUCAAGCUUGUUUCUUGGAUGUCAGAGCUUGAAAUCUUGAGAUAAUGUGGCUGUUAGGAUUUGCUAGUUUGAUGGUAUAUUUUGCUCCAUCUUAUCAGCAGUUUCCUCGGGCCUGUGCCACUCGGGACGCCCUGCUAUCCAAAGAGUGCUGCCCCUCAUGGGAUGGAGAUGGUUCAGCCUGUGGUGCUAACUCAGGACGGGGCUUCUGCUGGGACGUGGAGGUGUCUCAAGAACCAGAUGGCCCUCAGUAUCCGUUCUCAGGCCUGGAUGAUCGAGAGAAAUGGCCACUUGUUUUCUACAACAGGACGUGCCAGUGCACAGGGAACUUCAUGGGUUUUAACUGUGGUGACUGUAAGUUUGGGUUUUUUGGAGUGAACUGUAAUGAACGCAGGGAGACCCUAAGAAGGAAUGUUUUUCAUUUGUCCCGUGCGGAGAGGAUCCGACUUGUGUCCUAUCUGAAUUUAGCCAAACAGACUAUUAGCCAAGACUAUGUUGUUCCCACUGGCACCUACCAGGAAAUGGAGAAUGGUUCAACUCCUUUAUUUACUGAUGUGUCUGUGUAUGAUGUGUUUGUGUGGAUGCAUUAUUAUGUAUCUCGAAAUGCCCUCCUCGGAGGGCCUGGGAAUGUCUGGACCAAUGUAGACUUUGGGCACUGGGCACCGGGGUUUCCUCCCUGGCACAGGUUCUACCUCCUUCAGUGGGAGCAUGAGAUCAGGAAGCUGACUGGAGACAUGACAUUUUCUAUCCCAUACUGGGACUGGCGGGAUGCUCAGGAUUGUGACGUGUGCACAGAUGAGCUGAUGGGAGCCAGACACCCCCAGGACCCCAGCAUCCUCAGCCCGGGAUCAGUGUUCUCCUCCUGGAGGGUGCUGUGCUCUCGCCCUGAGGACUACAACCGCAGAGGCGUCCUGUGUGAUGCCCGUUCAGAGGGUCCACUGCGCCGUAACCCUGGCAACCACAACCGAAAUGUAGUGGAGCGGUUACCCACAUCUGCAGAUGUAGAGUUUACCCUGAGUUUAACAAGCUAUGACACUGGGGCUAUGGAUCGGACUGCUAACAUGAGCUUCAGAAACACGCUGGAAGGAUUUGGAGACUCUCGCUCCGGGAUGGGGAACAGCAGCCGUAUGUCCAUGCACGCUGCUCUCCACGUCUUCAUGAACGGGUCCAUGUCGUCUGUCCAAGGAUCUGCCAACGACCCCAUUUUCCUCCUCCAUCACGCUUUUGUUGACUGUAUUUAUGAAGAGUGGCUGAGGAGGCACAGACCUGCCCUGUCCCAGUAUCCUGAAUCAAACGCUCCCAUCGGACACAACGGAGGAUACUUCAUGGUGCCAUUUCUGCCUUUGCACACAAACAGAGAGUUCUUUAUCUCCAGCAAAGACCUGGGAUAUGAAUACUCCCAUCUAUUGGAUGCUAACCAGCGCUUGUCAGAGUCCAUUCGUCCGUACCUGGAGGAGCUGCAGGGGAUGUGGGGGUGGCUGGUGCUGGCGGGGGUGUGUGGAGGGCUCCUGUCUUUGGCUUUGGCUGCGGUGUUUAUGCACAUCAAAUACAAGUACAGCGCCUCCACCUGGCUGCCUGCGCACAAAUGGAGAAACCUAUUUGCUCUUCCAGAGAGAGAGCCGCUCAUUUUCAGCCCUGAUAAAGAAGAGAAUGGAUAUAACUACCAGAGCACAAUGUGACGU